AUGCCUUCACAGGGAGUUCCCUCUCUCAUUUGGGUCGGAUGUGCUAUCGCUCUCGUUUCAAACGUCAUCCAGUCUUUGGGCAUCACCUUGCAAAGAAAGUCGCACAUUUAUGAAGAAGCUUUACCUCAAACACUCCGACGAGCUUCGUAUAAGCGACCGUUGUGGCAGUCGGGCGUGUUGAUUUACAUCCUCGCUAAUGUUUUCGGGUCGUCGGUACAGAUUACUACCCUACCACUCGUCGUCCUCGCACCCCUACAAGCAUCAGGACUUGUGUUCAACGCAGUUUUGGCGAAUGUCCUCCUCGGUGAGGCUUUUGGCUUGCAAGGAUUGAUCGGUACCGUCUUGACGAGCGUGGGUGCUGUCCUCAUCGCUGCCUUUGGAGCCAUCACUGAGCCAUCGCACUCCCUCGACGAACUUUUGAGGCUUUUGUCGCAGUUGCCGUUCGUGAUCUGGAUGGUGGCGCAACUCAUCUUGAUCUGUAUCAUCCUCAUGGGGGUGGAGCUCUACCGACGUACCACGCGCAAAGCAACUGGCAAGUGUCGCCAGAAGGCCAGGACUAUCCGGGGAUGUGGGUUGGGUUGUGUCAGUGGAUUGAUCUCUGCGCAUUGUCUACUCCUUGCCAAGAGCGCGGUGGAGCUGCUGAUUAAGACGUUCGUGUUCCAUGAGAAUCAGUUUGAUAGGUGGCAGAGUUGGGUGUUGGUGGUGGUGUUUGUCGUGUUGGCGCUCGUUCAGCUUUCAUACCUCAACCACGCACUACGGCUCACACCUAUCACGAUAUUGUAUCCGUUGACGUUCUGCGUGUACAACAUCACGUCCAUUGCUGACGGCUUGAUCUACUUUGCACAGUACGGUGCGUUGUCAGUCCUUCAGAUCUCCUUGGUUGCGCUGGGUACAGCGGUCUUACUCCUCGGUAUUUUGACGAUGUCAUGGCCACGAGCGGAAUUCGAGGAUGAGGCAGCCACGAUGGUAUUGAGCGAUGACGAAUCCUACGAUGGAGAUGUCGAGGAUGUCACGAAACGCGACCUGCCGCCGAGGGCUGAGCGGAGGUACAGCAGCACGGGGUCCUGCUCUUCUUCACAACGCUCGCUACACAGAAGGACUACAAGUGAGAGAACACCUCUUCUACCAGUCCAGGAAGAAGGACCAUCAAACGGAAUGGGACGGGGGAGUUGGUACAGAACACUGCAGCCCUGGCGGCGCAGACAUGAGCGGACAUGA